CGGUUGAGGCAACCAGCUAACGUGAUGUUAGUUUCAUCAUUACAACUUCGCGGACCGCACCUAGUUCUGGACCGAGCAAGAGCUCAGAGUCCCGAUCCGAAUAGACCAAAAUUCGUUUUAUCAAAUAGAUCAACUCGUGAAAGUGGUGCAUUUCGGGCGUAGCACGUGCCGUGAGUGAUUGAAAGCAGUUUUCCUCGCGGGAAAGUUGCAUAAAUGUGGUGAAAAGCGACGUCGAAAGUGCCCCAACAAAUUCGAAUCUUCCGACGCGUGAAGAAGCAUAAUUUUCUUCGACUUUGGCUGCGGGUUAGUGCUUUUACUGUUCUUUCUUUCUUUCUUCUUGUGGCAGGCCGCAACCAACCAGCACAGCAGUGUCAGUUGUGGUCGGUGGUGGUCCAAAGCCAGUAUAACCAGAAGAAGUUAUAAGUACAGAAAAAAAAAAAACGUAGUGUUGGAAUGCUGUGUCGAUUGUGAAACCUAGUUUUGUAUGCUUCUGAGGGUUUUGGUGCAUCAAAUGAAUGGAGCUUGAUUUGCCACAAUGAGUGUGUGGUAAUGUUUGGGAACCUCACAUUCAAGCCAUUAUUACGGCAAUCACAUCGCUGACUCGAAAACGAAGGUGUCACUACAGUCAAUGUUGAGCCGUGAUUACGAAUCGAGCUGCCUCCCAUAACGAUGACACAGUGCCUAUUUCAGCCUCGGUAUAGUGUGCUGUCAAGCUAGUUUGUGCCUUCUGUUACUAUUGAAAAGAGUCUAGUGGGAGACCAGUGCAAUGAGUUAAUUAGAAAUAGGUUAACCCGAACCGAAGAAAGAAGCGAAACGUGCAAAAAGCAAAAGAUGAUGAAUCGAAAGUUCAUCGAAAGUGAUAUAAAUUUUAAUUCGAAACGACCGACCGUGGAUCGCGGCAGCGUGGGAAUGGUGCCUUCGAAGCGGCUUUGUUGGAAGAACCGCUGGAAGCCCAAAUGGUUCGGCUUCUCGUUGGCGGCGGUUCUUUUGGUGUUCGGUAGUGCAACGGUGACAGUGAUCCAGUGUCAAGAAUACGAUGAAAGUGCUUACCCGGAUCGUGAUUUCGAGCACGUCGCAGUGGAAAGUCGGGAAAUUAUCACGAAUCAUAUUUCCACCAGUGAAAAUGGUGGCGGCGGUGGUGGUGGCGGUGCAGGCGGUGACGAUGAGUCACAUUAUCAGUACGAAGGUGUUCCCGGAAUGGAUGGAGGAGUACAUUAUACGGAGAUUUCCGGGGAUGUGGUGCUUGGAGAAAAGCACCUGAGAGCUUCGGAGAGUCCGUAUUCGCUGCGGACGGAUCUGGAGGUCGAGCGAAAGGCGCGGUUGAUCAUCGAACCGGGAGUUACGAUUUACUUUGCUCCGAUGGUCGGAAUUACGGUGCGAGGAUCCCUGGUGGCUUUGGGUACUUCGGAAAACAAGAUCACCUUUACCUCGUUGCCCAAUUCGGGUUAUAAGGAUAUCGAAUCGGAUCCACGGGAGGUAGGCGCCCGGUUGGUAGAUGGUCCAAACCCGCUGGCGGGAAGACUGCAACUGUUGAAUCAGGGGAAAUGGCGAUCUGUUUGUAGUAAUUCGAAGAACUGGACAAUCGCCGACUACGAAACCACCUGCCGUCAGAUGGGUUACAAGGGAGGCCGAUUCUGGAAUUGGAUGGAUCGGCUACAGAACAACGAACCACGGCUACUGUACGAAGACCCGAAGUGUGGUGGAACGGAAGCCUCUCUAUUCGAUUGUGGCGCUUGGGAAUCCCGACAGGUCGGAUCCGGAGUUUGUGACUACCAUAGCGAUAUCGGCGUUCAGUGUCUGCCGUUGUUUGAUCAAGUGACACCCCAUUGGCAAGGGAUUCGCUUCGAGUACGCCGAGAGCAAAGAAAAGCUGGCCCAAAAUCACAUCCUGUACGAUUUCAUUUCGUUGUCCGACUUGAGGUACGUCGAAAUCGUUAGAGCCGGUACCGGACGGGGUGGAACUGCUGAGGCAGCUAUCUCCGUUUUGGGAAUUCCUCCAAUACUUAAUCAUGUCGUGGUCGAUCAUUCGUCAUACACGGGCAUCAAUGUAACGAAACACGAUGCAGCAUUCAUGUUCAAAGACGUUACCGUACGGAGAAGUCGUGGUUUCGGAAUCUUCGUCAACUCGAGCUACGGGUCUACACUGCUGGACAGCGUAACGGUGAGCGAAAACGGAGCCGAUGGUAUUCGAUACGUUGGUCACGAUCUCCGACCGGAUGAACGAAUUGAUCGCAGCAAAGUGUUCACCUUCUGUACUCUGACGACGACCGCAUGGCAAAUCUACCCAAUACAGUUAUCCUUUGAGCAGUCACCGUUCGCCUUGUCACAGAAGCAGUGCGCACAAUCCCUCACCACCGGAAAUGGUUACGUUCUGACCUUCCAUUUUGUUUACUUUGAAAUGGCUCGUAACGAAAGCGCUGUUAUCCAAAUCUACGAUGGGAUGUCGGAGAACGAUCGCCUUCUAGCGUCCUGGAAUAUUCGAAAUUCAACUCGGCCUCAAAGUGUCACCACCACCCGGGAAAAAAUGCUCAUAAAAAUCCGUGCAGAGCCCAGGAGCCAAGUCCUGGCACACUUCCGAAUCACUGCCGGAGUUACGAAAGCGUACGAUCUUAACGUGACACAAGGUACAAUCGUUGACAACGGAGGUCGUGGUAUAGCCAUUGACAAUCUUCGAUCGCAGGUUCAUGUGCACGCUUCAACGAUUUCGAACAAUAAGCACGCUGCCGGUUUGCACGUAACCAGCGGAGCAGGUGAUGUCAACGUUACGGAUUCGAAGAUUAGCUUUAACGUUGGCGAUGGGAUCAACAUAACGUACUAUGGUGGCAAUCGAAAUAUUUCGCGAAGUUCAUUGAGUUCUAAUAGAGGCUAUGGCUUCGCGGUUUGGUUAAACCAGACCACGAAAGAUCGUCAGGAAUUUCUGGAGUUCAAUCAAACGACAACUAUCGAAUACUCAAACAUAGUGAAGAACAUGGAGAUCGGUGUUCUGCAUGGAAAUUAUUGCGGAGAUUCUUGGGUGAAUAUCACGGCAAACUGGUUCAACGAUAGCACACACAAUGCAAUCGAUAUUCAAUCGUGCUGGUUCGAGACAAUUGAAAACCGGAGACUACGGUUACAGAUUGGCCAUAACAAUUUUGAGCAUUCCGGCAAGAUUGGAAUUGUGAUAAGUCCUAUCCUGAACUUGGAAGGGAAGAUCGAGUACAAUCAAUUCCUGAGGGGCAGGUAUGGAGCUCUGAUGACCAGAAAUAAGCCGUGGGAAGAAUUUCGAAACCUUCCGGUUCGGUUGGUCGUGCAGCACAACCACUUUAUGUACAACAAAGGAAUCUACGUCGUCUCGUUGGGCUUAUCUCCCAACACGGAUAACAAAACUCAGUGGCUAUUGUUCACGAGAAACUUCGUUAAGAACAACAAGGUCAAAGAAGCGUUUGGGCCCAUGGAAGACGAAGGAGAAGGAUUGGGAGGAGAAGGUCGCCUUAAUCCACGGUCGCGAGUGGCUGCACCAGUGGUAAUCUCCUCCAACAACGUAGAUGUCUUCCGGAAUAUCAUUUCGAACUACGAAUCCAAUUAUGAAGUAGGCUCACAACUAUCGGACCAGAGCAAAGCUCUGAAUGUAACCUACAACUGGUUGGGAUACCAGGAAGAAGAAAAGAUCUACGAACGGCUGUUCCAUCGGAAAGAUCGCUACGAUCUGGCAAAGAUCGAGUACUUCCCCUAUUUGCUGCAUCACUCGAAUCCCGGUACCCAGACGAUUGCUCAGUAUGCCAAAUUUGUGCCAUUUUUCUACAAAGAAGGCAGCGAUCGUGUCGGUGGAGAAGUCGAUGGACAGGAGAUUUUGCCUUCGGGAAGUUACACCGUAGAGCGUGACAUCAAUGUGCGACCUGGUGGAAAACUGAUUCUUAAUCCUGGAGUCAUACUGAACUUUGCUCCAAGUGUUGGAAUGAUGGUAACUGGGAAGCUAGAGGCUCGAGGGCGAAAACCUGAUGACAUUAUGUUCACGCUGAAACGAGAAGCCGUGAUGACGGAUAAUGAUACAACGGAAGCCAUUAUCAUGGACCCUGAUGUUAUGAUGGAUAUCGAAACGGAAUCGAUCAUUGACCCUGGAACCUCGGAUCCCCAAGCUCCUAAGAUUCCUGUAAGGUUGGUUGGUGGCAUUAGCGAUCACGAGGGUAGAUUGCAGGUCUAUACGGAAGGUCAAUGGGGAACGGUGUGCGAUUACGGUUGGACUAUGAUCAAUGCGGCUUUAGUUUGCCAUCAGCUUGGUUUGGCGCUUAACCCAAGAGAUUGGAGGCUACAACGAUCGGAGGUUCCUGGAGCAGGCACUUCAGAAAACGUUCUGCUUUCGAAUGUUCGGUGUACGGAGCAAGAUAUUGAUAUAACUCAGUGUCGCGUGGAAAAAUCAUCUCAAGGUGACUUUGAAAACUCUUGCAGUCACGAGAAUGACGUCGGUGUGCGGUGUUAUGAGGGAGCUUGGGCUGGAUUACGAUUCGGAGUUUUAGCCGAGCGAGCAGAUCUUCAGUAUGUUACAAUUGAAAAAGCCGGUUUAUUCGAUUACAUGACCAACACAUUCAAACCUGCCCUACAAAUGGAUUUAUCGCGACAUAAUUUGGACAGUAUCAGGGUGGUAGAAAAUCUGCAGGAUGGUCUAGGAGUUAUUUAUUCCGAUAUCUACGCUGGAUCAGUGAACAACAUAAAAAACUCGGAAUUUGCAGCCAACCGAGGAAACGGAAUAAGUAUCAAACAGUUGGGUUUGAAAAUUCAUGGGAGCAUUAUCAAGGACAAUCGGGGCUCUGGAAUUAAUCACGAUUCGGUAGUAUCUGCCUUGGAACAACGGGAAAUUACAAGCUGGUUCAACAUGGUGCCAGAUUUCAACGUUGAUGAUUCUGACUAUAGGCCAAUAAUGCUACCUCGUGACUCAUACAAUAUUGACAUUGAUCAAUGGCGGAUCAAGCAUAUAAUUACACUCCCUGUUCAGGAUCCGACUGAAAAGAUGAUUACCAUCCGCUGUCAACCAGGUUAUGUAAUAGGCAUUCAACUAUUGAACCCUAUUGAGAAUCGCUCAACGGAAGAUAUUUGGAUUUAUGAUUCAUUGGCUGGCAGUACCAAUUCAGACAUUUGGCAGGUCAAACGAGACAUAUCCGUAUUCCCGCUGACCACAAGCAGCUACGGUGCCAUUUUGCAGUACAAAAGUGGACACAAUGCAAUCGGUGGAGUAGUUUUGGUACUUCGAUCGAUUCAAGCUCCCAUUCAGAACAUGUUCAACCGAAUUGUCCGAGGACCGGUACCAACACUGCAGAUUACGUCAACCAAGAUUCAACGGAACUUUAGAGGUAUCACUGGAACGUACUACAAUCGCUUCCUAGGAGAGAAUAGUGAGAUAUAUCUGCGAAAAGCAAACGAAUCGAUAAAGCUGGUCAACUGCGAGAUUAGUCAUAAUCGGGAAGAAGCCAUGUUCAUUCACUCCCCUUUCUGGGAUGUUCACGAAAGUAACAUUUCCGAGAUAACGAUCCACGUCAACAAUAGCAUGGUGCGCGAUAACGGUCGAGGAAUACGGCAAUUUUCCAAAGAUCUACGUUCGUCCAACAACCUGUUUCACUACGUUCUGCAAGAUACAACGGUCGAGAGUAACUCCUUCGGUGGACUGGAACUCAGUCUACCGUACGUGUGGCAGUACAAUGAAAACUUCACGCACUCUGUGUACUUGGGAAACGACACUUGGGUGCGGAAUCGAAGGUUCGGCAUCAUCAUAGAUGGUCACUACGCUGCGAUCAACGUUUCGUCUAACAUUUUCAUGGACAAUGUGUGUGCUCACGGAUUGAUCGGAUUCAAAGGAAUGGAGAAGAAAAUACGAAUUGACAACAACCGAAUCGUCAAGAAUUCCGGGAAGUAUCUGUUGGAGUUCCGAUCGGAUAGCCAGAGUGAGAUUCUGGGAGAAAUUCCGGCUAUUGUAGCGUAUAACCACAUUGAGAGCAAUGAAAAGGUGGUCUCAACUCGUUCUGAGAUGAGGAAUUUUAUUCGAGGUGAUCGUGGAAAUGCUAAAGAUCCGACCUGCGUAAUUGGGUUUGGAGGUGUUCAGAAGGUGAAAAUCUAUCGGAAUGUGAUUACGAAUAACGAGCAGGAUUACGAUCUGAUCGCGGGAAUUAAAUCUGCCAGGUUGAAUAACUUUUUGGAUGUUCGGGAGAAUUGGUGGGGAUCGCAGGACGAAGAGCAUAUCAAGAUGCGUAUUUUUGACUUUGACGAUUGGAAUAAUCAUGCUGAGGCGUUGUACAAGCCGUACCUGAUCGAGGACAGUGUCGACGGAAGUGUAUCGAUUGUUCAUUCGAAGAACAAAUCCGUUGACUUGGAUAGCUUGGGUGGUAGAAUCUUCGAGGACCUGUCGAUAUUUAGAAGAGAUCAGCCAUAUGUGAUUAAGGCUGACAUUACAGUUAUGCCGGGAGUCACGUUGAAUAUAUAUCCUGGGGUCGUGAUGGAGUUUUCGCCGAACGUUGGAAUUCUUGCACUAGGCACGCUGAUAGCUCGUGGCACCCGUGACGCAGAGAUCAUCAUGAAACCCAUUCAGAGUGCUUCUGAAAAUCUGAACCGAGUGGAGCGAUCGCUGGAGAAUAUGGUGAACUACGACUCCAUCCGUUUGUGCACCAACCGGAACUGCUCCGGAAGUGAUCAUGAAAACGAUAAAAUCCGAGAAGGUUUCCUGGAGUACUAUAAUCACACAACACUGCAAUGGAUUCCAAUCUGUGAUCGAAGGUUUACCGAGCGUAAUGCUCAGGUUGUGUGUCGAGAGCUGGGAUAUGAUCCGCUGGAUGUCUUCAUCGGUCAUGAUCGUCGAAUUGAGUUUCAUACGAACUCACUCACCAGAAUCUGGUCCUGGGUUGAACCGAUGGAGUGUCAUGGAGACGAACUACGGCUGGAAGAGUGCCCGGAGAGGUUGAACGGUCAACUGUAUGGGCGGCGACAUGAAUGUCAAUGGGACUCGAAUUUUGUGUUUAUCAGUUGCAACGGAGAACCGGAGGAGAGAAACUACUGGGGAGGCGUUCGCUUUGCCAAUCAAGACUUCGAGGCCAGUUUUUACGAGCACAGGAUCCACGAUGCGCUCACUCAUUCCAAAGCAAAGCCUGCUGAAAGCGUCAUGGAGUUUGUGAAGUUAGAACGGGCCGGAAUGUUGCAUGGGGAGAAAUCACCAGCGAUUCAGACUAUUUCGAAAAAUCCCAGCAUUAGUUUUGUCAACAUCAGAAAUAGCGCACACCAUGCUGUGAACUUGGUAUCGCCAAGCGAUGCUAUCCAUUUGAAUUACUUGCACAUCCAUAGGGCACUGGGACAGGGAAUCAAUGCCAUUUCUUUGACCGGUGAAGGUCGUGAAAGUGACGAAUCGAGCUACAAUCCGCUGAAAGAUCUGGAUCUUCCGUACAAUCUAUUCUCGAUGAUCGACAUCUGCGAUACGAACAAGGAGAUCACCUUGGAGGAACGAGUUCUGGUGUACUACAAGUAUGACAAUAAUCCGGUAAACUGUGUUAAGAUCUUUAAAAGUGCCUACCGAGCGAAGCCCCUCGGCUUUCGACUGCUGCAGUCUAACUUGUUCAACCACUCCAAGGAGUACGGUCGUCGGGAUAUGAUCCAGCUGAUGGACGGUGAUAUCUACAAUAUCUCUGCGAAGACGAUCGGAGUUAUCGAUGCGGAUUCUGAUAAUCAAAAGAAGCUGUUUAGGACGGACGAGCCUGCGUUGAGCGUACGGUUGACCGCUAGUGGAGCUUCAGCGAGGCAUGGCUUCAUUGCUGAAGUGGUAACGUUACCGAUUUCUGCUAUCGGGUUUAAUCGUGAUGCCCAGCAUAACAUUUCUAAUUCGGAAAUUCUGGAAUGCGUCGGAGGAGGUCUUCACUAUGUUACGGUUGGAGAAGUGUCACCGAUAUUGACGCUGGAAAGGAAUCGCUUCGUACGUAAUUGUCGUCAGCUUUACGGGAACUUCUCGUCCUGCGAGGCCACCAUUCGAGCGGACGUGCAAAACAUGCAGUCGUUACACUUCAGGAAUAAUCUCGUCCAAGAAAAUCAAGGAGGUUUGUCGAUCCGAGCAGAUUCCCGUGGAUCGGCCACAUCUCUUCGGGGUUGGAUCCAUAAUAACUUGUUUGUGAAGAACCGCAACAGGCCGUCGUUGUACGUGGAAGGCCGCCAGUCGUCUCCGUACCAGGAAGUUACCGUGCACAAUAAUUACUUCACUCAGAACGAUGCUGCAUUCAUGGAUGUGGUUGUGCUGAGGCAAGUGGUGUCCAACUUUAGCAACAAUUACGUGCACAGUAACAAGGGUGGUCGGAUUAUUGAAGUCUCUGGGUUUGACAGGGUGCGGCUGCCAAUUUAUCAGACGACUUCGCAUAACGGGUUCUAUGACAACGUUGCAACGGAUUGGAGCGGAAGGGCCACGAUCGUGGCAGGAACUGCGGGACAGCACUACGUAGAUAACGUCUUUGCGAAUCCGGAAAACGACUACGAAAUGAUAACUGUGAAUCGAUCAAUAUUUGAUUUCCAGUUUUGGAAUAGCACUCUGGACGUAUGGAAGACUAAAAUCGACGCCACACUGAACUACUGGAGCUACAACGAAACCCUAGCUGUUGGGUCCCGUAUUCGCGAUCGCUUCGAUGAUCCCCAACUGUUGGAAGUCCAGUAUCUUCCGUUGCACAUGAAUAACCUCACCGUACUUAAUGGUAAGUGCCCUCCCGGUUGGACACUGCUGAUCGAUACCUGCUACAUGUACGUCGGUGCGCCGAUGAGUUUCCGUGAGGCACGUGACUUCUGCCGGUCGGACAAUGCGUCACUUCCUUUCAUUCACGGGGACAAGAAUGCGCUGUGGUUUUUCCUGGAGCAACAAUCUCGCUAUCUCCGAUCGGCCGAGAAGGUUUGGAUUCAGGAUCCGAACUACAUCGAUCAGUGCACUUCGUUCAUCUACCGGAACGUGGAGGUUGAGGAAUGUUACGAGCGGCAUGCUUUCCUGUGCGAGAUUGAUCCGAAGGUUGAGAUUGAUCCAUUAUUUUGGGCAGCCGAUACCACUGCGAUCGCUGUGCUAUCGUCGUUGGGAGUGGUGUUUAUUUUUAUGUUGUGCAUCUGCAUCUGCUGGGUGUACAAGUCACGCUACCGGCAAUCGCAGCGACUACAGCGCCGGCACAGCAUCCGGCAAAGUUUGCGCAGCUUGAAUAGCAUUGAUCCGCAGGGAUCGAUCAGGAGGCGGAAUUUUGUUGUCUCGCGUUCGACGGACACGCUUAAAUCCGCAACCACCGGUACGACGGACUACAAGAAAAUGGCCGCCAACGGUUCGAUUGAAUCCGUGGAUAAGAGCGUGCUCAGCUCGGAAACCAACUACGACAUGUACGACAAGCAGCAGUACACCAAUGAGUACACGGAACAACUGAAAAGUCAAAUGGGAUAUGGCGAGGCCACCGCCAAUGGAGGACCCGACUUUAUGCAGCAUGCGGAUGAUACCAGUCCGACACGGGCGAAGGUUUACGGUUUACCGGAUUACAGUUCCCAUGGGGGAAGUACCGCUUUCGAACUGGCAUUUAGGAAUGAAGGUUUUCGAGAUAAUUCAACCACUUACUCAGGGGUGACCCGCAAUAAUUCCAUCAACACUGCUAUCAACGAAGACACGCCCAUCAUUCACCAUCAAGGUGACAACGACGAAAUUGGACCUGAUUUCUACGGUAAUUCAAGUACUUUACCAAUGCGAGUCAAAGGAGAUAACCUUUCGUUCCUGAACGAGCUGAAAAGCCGCCUUCCGGAAUACCAACCCCUGCCACCCAGCAACGGCCAUAGUAGCUUCCUACCGGCUCCCCCGGAACCACCAUCAAACAACACAUCCCAGCUUACUUCAAGCACACUGCCAUACGAUCAGAAGAUUGAUCAGCUGAAUUUCAGCGCUCCUCACGAGUACCAGCAACCGUCCAUUCAGGUUCGAAGGCCUAAUGGUCUCGAGCCGUCCACACCUAGCGCUGAUGCCCGGGAAAUCCGACGUCCGGAUUCCUACAUGAGGGCGGUCAAGAAGUACGCCACUCCGGGUAGGGAGCGGGAAUCCAUUAUCCCUCCUCCACGUGUCGAUAGCAACGGCAGCCGUAGACCAAAGACAGUUUAUGAAGCAUCCCCUGAGCAGGAACAGCAGCAGCAGCAGCGGCAGCAGCGAGCUGGCCAACGGCAACGGUCCAACUAUGCCAGGUCCCGCUCGGAGGCACUGCUUGAAACCAACUUUGAUGAAGCAUUGCCCCCGAUGGCAGCCAUGCUCAGCUCGGAUAGCCGAAGCUAUUCCCAACCACUCGAGACUGCUAUGUAAGGAACUGAUUUUUCCAAUAAAAUAACAGGACAUGCUAUCUGACGCGGAAUGUCUUAAAAGAGUCACACAUCUUUGUACAGAAUAACAUUAGAAUCGAAUCCAUCGAAUAGGAAAGCUUACAUUUAAAUUCGUUCUCAUUGAAUCGAUUUCGACCGAAGCUUCCACGCUGAGAGCUUUGCGAAAAUCAUAACAGCAUGAUGAUUUACCCAUACACGCAUCAUAAAAUAGGAAUUUAUAAGGUUUUGUGUGCUUUUCUCCAUGCAGCGAACGCGCUUGCGCGUGCUGGGGUGAAAAGCUACCGAGCAUAAACCGAAAACCCAGGAGGUGAAUCCGUACUCUGUGCAUUAGUCGAACUCAAGUGUCUUGGCUUAUAGUAAAUAUAUAUAUAUAGCUGUGUACAUAGGAAUAGAAACUGGAAGACCAACGAGAAGAACAAGCCAAUUGUGAUCGCGAUAGCAUAUAGGCAAUAGCGUACAAUCAAAUCAAGAUCGCGCGAUUUAUUUACAAGCAAACAAGUCAACACAUCACGAUCGAAUCGAGUCAGACAACGUAAACAAGGAACGUGUUUUGUAGCUAGCGAUAUAUGGUUUUGUAGAGAGUAUUUGGUAGGUUGGUUUAUUAUACUGCCUCUAAGCAGGUCAAUGAAAUGUAUUCCAAACAGAUUCGAGUUGAUAAUGGCGAGAAGAUCGUUCACGGUGAUGUAAAAGUCCCUCCCUCGAAAUAGUAUCACCGGUGGAGCACGUGCUGCUUUAUUCCGUUGAUUUGAUUAAUGCACUUCUGUUUGCGUUAUCAUUAUCAUUAUUCCGCAUAUGAUGCAAAAUGACCACACAACAAUCAGCGUGAAAAGGAAGCAAAUGGUUAUCAUGUUUGUCGUUAGGUUUCAAAUGAACUACCGUGUGGUGCCCGUUCAAGGAUUGAUCAAA